AUGGCGUCGUCGUCCUCGGCAGCAUUGUUUAAAGAACGGGAAAAGUUUAUUAAACGACAGGCAGACGAAGCUGCAUUUCUUGCGUCAGCAGAGAAACGGCAAAAAACUGACAAACCAUCCACACAAAAAGCUAACCGAUCAAAAUCAGCACUUCCUCGACCUAAAACAUUGUCAGACUUCUCGAGCGAUUUUCAGUCGUCAUCAUCUGGUUCAAAACUGAGAAAUUUGACUUUAACGAAAAUCGUACUCAAAUUACAAGAACGUUAUUUAAGUGGACAAACCGAAUCUGUAACAUUAGAAGAAAUAGUCGAAGAAGCUGGCGUAACGAUCGAUUCAUCAGACAAACAUUGGCUUGCUUCAGAUGCUCUUUUAACCAAUCCAAAAAUAUAUGUUGAACCAGUCGAUGAUGUGAAUAAAUUUGUAUAUAAACCCCCUCUCGAUUUAAAAGCUCCAAAAAAGACCUCUCUUCUUAAUCUUCUCAAAUCGCGACACGAAAAAUGUGAAGGAGCGGUAACGGUUGACGAUGUUCGAGAAACCAUUCCAUCAAACAGAGCGGACUUAUUCAUUGAAAGCUUAAUUAAAAGUAAAGACGUGGUGAAAGUCACGAAUAAUAAACGAGAAAUUCUAUUUUACACUGAUCGUGCCUAUGACCUGCAAGUUAAUCCAGAGUUUAUCGAAUCGUGGAGGCGUAUUUCAGUUGAAGGCUUAGAUGACAAGAUGAUUGCAGAGUUUCUUAAGAACCAAGGACAUCGCGUCUUGACAAAGAAUGCGCCACGACCAAUGGAAUUGGCACCCAAAGCGAAACGUGGCGGUCGUCGUCCCGACACAAUGAAACACAAUCAACAUGUUGCUCAUCAGCUCGAAGAUUAUACGCAAAUGGCGAAUAAGAAAUAA